AUGGCUACACAACAAACUAGGUUAGUCGACAAAUACUUGUCCGCAACACAAAAAUGCGACUUGUCCCUCAAACACGUCUUAAUAGUCGGUCUUGGCGGUGUUGGGUCGUAUACCGCAGAGAUACUUGCGCGUAGUGGUGUUGGCCAUUUAACAAUAGUAGAUGCCGAUGUCGUCGCAGCAAGUAACAUCAAUCGCCAGCUCCCAGCAACUCCACAAACUAUUGGCCGGAAAAAGGUCGAAGUGGUCAAAGAGCGCCUGCAAAAGAUAAACCCUGAAAUCAAAAUCGAGACCAUCGAGAGAUUUAUAGAGAACGAGGGCAUUCAGGAGAUAUUAAAGUGCAGGUAUGACUACGUCGUCGACGCGAUCGACAGCGUCUCACCAAAAGUCUUUUUGAUUAAAAAUGUGAUGGAGAGGGGCAUGAGCUUAGUUUCAUCAUUUGGGUCGGGUGGGCGUUUCGACCCCACAAAAGUAGGGAUUGCAGAUAUCUCACAGACAGAGAAGGACCAGUUAAUGCGUGUGGUACGAUAUCGGUUACACAAACAUGGGAUUAGAACCGGGUUCAAAGCAGUGUAUAGUUUAGAAAGUCCAGACAAAGGCGCUUUGAUGUUUCAAGAGGAGAAGUUUAAGAAGUCAUCAUUUGGAACGUUGUCAUAUAUGACGUCGAUAUUUGGAGCGAAGUGUGCGGAGGUUGUACUAAGGGAUUUGACAGGGAACCCAGUUGUCACAAAAGUUGUUGAAAAGAGGUGGGAACAGAAUGGGAAAAAGUUCAUUGAAGUUGACGAUGACAGUGAGGAAUGCAAAGAUUAUUCUGAUUGA